AAUUUUGUUGCGGCUAUACCCCAUUAAGACUGCAGACAUUUGAAUUAUUGCCCCUUAUUUGUGACAAAUGUACCAGUGGGGGCACACCCUGUCUCCUACAGACACAUUCUAGUUGUUAUUAUUGUCAUAGGGUAUAAAAGGAAAACCUAGACUGAGCUCAAAACAUGAGAGGAUACUUAAAGAUGCAAGGCGGCAGAUGUGGGAUGCUUCUGUGGAUAUUGUCAAGCAGAUGAUCCUGGAGAAAAUGAAAGAGUGGAUAAAAAAAGAGGUUGGACCAAAGUCAUUUGAUGAUACCAAAGAGUAUAUUGAAAAAUGUGCAGAAACGUGUUGGCUUAUGGUUAUCCAUGAACCGCCAAUACACAUGAAGAUGGACACCAAACAAGGUGAAAAACUGGAUGCAAAUUUGUAUACUCCAUAUUCAGUGUCAGGUGAAAAAAUUGAUUAUUUAGUCUGGCCACCACUUUUCAAUGGGAAAGGUGGUGGCCUCCUUUCGAAAGGAGUUGCUGAACCACAGAAAACUAUCAAGAGAGAUCAGAAAUAGGAAAAGGUGAAUAAGACAGCAUUUGAACUAAGAAUAUUAUAUUCAUUGAAUAAAUAUAUGGAUUACGUUUACUAUUACAUUUAUUUGAUAGAUAGACUUACAUGUUUAUUGCUUCAAAGUGUGAGCCAGAACACUAGGGUUUUAUUCUGUACGAGUGUUACUAUUAUAUAGUAUUCAGGAAUUCACAGUUUCAUUUAUUAUAUUUCUUUUGUGCAAAAGCCAGGUAUGAAAAACUCAUCAUAAUAAAAGUCUACAAAUAGGAUAA